AUGAAUCCAGUUAAUACAAACUCUGAACACUCGUCAUGGAAGACGGGAAAUCCAAAUCAAGCGCGUGACGCCAUUUCAUGGCACGCUUAUACGAGCGGGUUAAAAUCCGGUGCCAUUACCGCCGUCUUUGCUGCUGCCAUGGUGGGUCUAAGUAAUAAAUAUUGGCCGGCAUUUCGCAACCGUUUGGGUGUUAGCGGUAAGACGGCAUUGGUCGUGUCGCCAUUUCUAGGCGCUUUUACGAUUGUGGCUGAAAACCGUUUGAUACACGGGGCUCGGAAUCCCGAGAUGUAUAUGGCUACACUUGAAGGAGGCUCAUAUAUGGCACCGGAGAAGAAGGCGUCGCAGCUCAAAUUUUGGCAGGAAAGCGCCAACUUUCUGUACGAUCACCCGUACCGUGCUCUGGUUACGGUGGGUGUACCACUAGUUGGUUGUAUCUACAGCUAUCAGCACUUAAACAAAGGCAUUUCACCUUCGCAGCAGAUCAUGCACACACGUAUUUAUGGCCAAGCUUCGGUAGUUGUGUUGCUACUGAGCUCUAUGGCUUUCCAUGAUUAUAUGGCCAAGCGUGGCAAGUUCACGAUCGAGGACAAGGAGGAUUAG